AUUCAAAGCAGUACAGCUUUGGGCUCUUGGGUUACAAAGAGGUAGGCCCAGAAAGCUUGGGCCUCUGUACUUUGUAGAGCAAGGGAGGAACCAGAAGGCCUACCGGCCAUCUGACUCCUGGGACUACGGGGGUCAGUCUUUCUUGCAGUUCACUCACAAUGGAGGCCACCAAUGCCAUUGAGAAACUUCGAGCAAAAUGCCUGGAACGUGGGGCAUCUGGUAUCAAAGGCCUGGCCAGGUUUUUUCGCCGACUGGACACCAACAGGAGCCGGGCCUUAGAUGCAGAUGAGCUGCAUCGGGGGCUGCAGGAGAUGGGGCUGGCACUGGAGGCUGGUGAGGCUGAGCAUAUUUGCAGGCACUGGGACCGUGAUGGCAAUGGGACCUUAGACCUGGAGGAGUUUCUUCAUGCCCUACGGCCACCCAUGUCUCAGGCCCGGAAGGAUGUCAUCGAGGCUGCCUUUGCCAAGUUAGACAGAAGUGGAGAUGGCGUGGUGACUGUGGAUGACCUUCGGGGCAUUUACAGUGGCCGGAAACACCCCAAAUUUCAGAGGGGCGAGUGGACUGAGGAUGACGUGUUCCAGCACUUUCUGGACAACUUUGAUGUUGGUGACAAGGAUGGGCAGGUCACUGCGGCAGAGUUCCUGGAUUAUUACAGUGGCAUCAGUGCUUCUGUGGACACAGAUGAAGAGUUUGUGGCCAUGAUGACCAGUGCCUGGCAACUGUGACCAAUGCUUCCCAGACCCAAAGGAAGGAACCAGAGGCCCAGCCCUAGACUAGGGUAGAGCCAUCCUCCCCUGCCCUCCCCGAUCCCAGUGGGUCAGUUCAUUUUUCUCUGCAUCAGCUUAACCACCUCCACACCCAGCCAACUCCUUGAGAUGAUAAUUGGAAAAAUUUCAGUACCACUGAAUUUGGAGUCAGAGGAAACAGAUGAAAACCCUGACUCUACCUCUUUUUGACCCAUUCAAUUGUGUUGGUAAAGUCCUUUCCCUUCUCUGGGCUUCAGUUUCCUCGAGACCUUUGGUACAGAAGGGAACUCAAGAGAUCACCCAGUCCAGUCCCUUCCACGGAUGAAGUGAUUGACCUGGGGUUGCCAUUCAGUCCUACACCACACAGACCUAUUUGGCUUAUCUCCAAGGCCCCUUCCUCCCCUAAAAUCCAGUUCUCCUAAGGCUAUCCAGACCCAGUACUCAUCACUGGCCCUCCCAUCCCUGCCCUCAUCUCACAAGGCUGUUAGCUCAGGCUGUGGCCCUCCAGUCAGCUUGGUUUGUUUGCCCUGGGAAACUCUACCCCUCCCCCUCUCCUCCAAAUCUGCCCCCCUGUACCUGUGCUUUUCAAAUGAAAUAAAUCCAUGCUUCCUGGCCUCGCAA